AUGCCACGGGCUCCGCCCACCGCCGCCGCGGCCUUCCCCACCUCCGCCGACGUCUCCAUCGCCGGCGCGCUGCUCUUCCUCGCCGACUCCUCGACCGCGCCGCCUCUCCCCACCCUCAGCGACGAGCUCUCCGCCUACUCGGCCUCCUCCUCCCACUCGGUGACCUCGGCGAGGUCGUGCGUGUCCGACUCCGCGCGGCGCGGCCGCCGCAUCGACCCCCUCCGCGUGCUCUACGUCGUCGCCUCCCUGCGCUGCAUCGACCCGAAGGUGCUGGCGAAGGCGACCAGUAAGCUGUUCCUGGGCGAGGCGCCGAAGAAGCGGAAGGGCGUGUGGAUCCAGACCAGCGACGACGAGGACGAGAGCGAGAGGGGCAGCACGGCGGCCAGCGAGGGGAGCGCCAUCACGGCCGCCGCGUCCGCCGGGUCCACGGCCACGUCGGGGAGAUGCAGACGGCCUCCGCGGGUGACUGGUGGUGGCGUGAAUAUGCCGGGGCGGGCGAAGAGGAUCAUGGAGUGGCUCUCGCGGCCCAAGGCGGUGCCAGCCACAGAGACGGCCAUCCGCGCCGCCGUCGGUGACACCGGCCAUACCAGCAAGGCGCUGCGCUGGCUGCUGACGCAGAAGAGAGGCUUGCGUCGUGCAGGUACUGGUGGCCACGCUGAUCCGUUUGUGUACAUGCUGAAUAUUAUUACUUGUGACUGA